CAUUUUUCUCAUUGUUAUAGCUGUACAGUAGUAUUUGCAGUUGCUUCUUGUGAAAUAUGGCCAGGACCAAGCAAACAGCGCGGAAGUCCACCGGCGGGAAAGCUCCCCGCAAACAGUUAGCCACCAAAGCCGCCCGGAAAAGUGCCCCAGCUACUGGCGGCGUGAAGAAGCCUCACCGCUACCGUCCCGGGACUGUUGCUCUCAGAGAGAUCCGCCGCUACCAAAAAUCCACUGAACUGCUGAUCCGCAAGCUGCCCUUCCAGCGUCUGGUGCGGGAGAUCGCCCAGGAUUUCAAGACCGACCUGCGCUUCCAGAGCUCCGCCGUCAUGGCCCUACAAGAGGCCAGUGAGGCUUAUCUGGUGGGGCUUUUCGAGGACACCAACCUGUGCGCCAUCCACGCCAAGAGGGUGACCAUCAUGCCCAAAGACAUCCAGCUAGCCCGCAGAAUCCGAGGGGAGAGGGCAUAGAUACUCGGCACUACUAUACACGCAGCAACACGAAGGCUCUUUUCAGAGCCACCAAAUCUUCCUAUAAACUAGCUGAAUCAAACCUAUAAAUGUCAGCAUCAUCCAGUUGUGACGAACCCUCCGUUCCGAUCUACAACUGACUGGACAAAUCUAAUACAUGUAUACGUUAUGAUGAAGAGAUAAACAAAAGCCAGAGGGAUAAAGAAAUGUUUACACAGUAUGUAUGAAAUAAUUCCAUGACGGCCAGAGCACGGUUAUACCAGUGUUCCCGAUACAUCGCCUUGGAGAAUUGCUGCUUUUCCAGCAUGUCUCCUGCAGUGAGGAGCGCACGGAUAGAGAAUAUCGUUUUCUCAUUGCGCCGUGUGAUAAGAUAGAUCACUCGCACACAAAGCCGAGCUUAGGUAGGAAAUCCCGGCUAUAUACGAUCAGUGCACGUCCCAGAAAAGCUGAAGGGGCCUCAAUGGCAGAAUGCAGUGAUAGCAGAGGGAACAUUUAUGCGAUCACUAGACUAAACCACAAUUGGAAAGAGCGCCGGAAGUGAGAGCAUCGUAACAUUAGCAAAAUGAUAAAGCAGCUAAAGCUCAUACAUGUGUAAUGUAUAAUACAGAAUGAUCCUG